CAAGGCGCGACUUCAAAGAAGCGUUCAAAAGUCUCCUCAAAACCCGGUUAAAGCGGACAGCUGUGGACAAAUAAUAACUUUUAAAAUGGUUUAGGUCGCCGCCACUAAAGAGUUUGUGUGUCGCUGCUGUCAUGACACAGUCAGUUGUUGUUCAAGUUGGACAGUGUGGGAACCAGGUUGGCUGCAGGUUUUGGGAUCUUGCUUUGCGAGAACACGCCUAUGUGAAUAAAAAAGGAUUGUACGAUGAGGCCCUCAGUAGCUUUUUCCGGAAUGUGGAUUCAAGGAAAAGUGCCGGUGGAGCCUGUGGUGUCGGUGGGAGAAUCCAACAUCUAAAGGCUCGGGCGGUCCUGGUGGACAUGGAGGAGGGCGUCGUGAACGAGAUCCUGCAGGGCCCGCUGAGGGAAGUGUUCGACAGCACUCAGCUCCUCACCGACGUGUCAGGUUCAGGCAACAACUGGGCAGCCGGACACAUGACAUACGGCUCGGCCUACAGGGAGCAGAUUCUGGAUAAGCUGAGGAAGGCAGCAGAACACUGUGACUGUCUGCAGUGCUUCUUUCUUAUCCACUCUAUGGGAGGAGGUACUGGCUCCGGUCUUGGGACCAGAGUGCUCAGCCUGCUGGAGGAGGAGUUCCCUGAGGUCUGUCGCAUCGUUACCUCCAUCUAUCCAUCUGCAGAAGACGACGUCAUCACAUCGCCCUACAACAGUGUCCUCGCCAUGAGAGAGCUCACAGAGCACGCUGACUGUGUCCUGCCUGUGGAGAACCAGUCAUUGGUCGACAUUGUGAGCAAGAUCCAGCUCAUGUCUCACAGUGCAAAGCCGGGAUCAGUGAUCAAGAGAGACAGCACCGUCAUCUCUGGGCAGGGGGGCAUCAGUGGGCCAGAGAAGCCUUUUGAUGCCAUGAAUAACAUUGUGGCUAACUUGUUGCUCAACAUUACCAGCUCAGCCCGUUUUGAGGGAUCGCUCAACAUGGACCUGAAUGAGAUUGCUAUGAACCUGGUGCCCUUCCCUCGGUUGCACUACCUGGUGCCCAGCCUCACCCCUCUCUACACGCUGGCUGACGUCAGUGUUCCCACCAGAAGACUGGAUCAGAUGUUCAGUGAUGCUUUCAGUAAAGACCACCAGCUAAUCCGAGCCGACCCAAAGCACAGCCUCUACCUGGCCUGUGCCCUCAUGGUCAGGGGCAACGUGCAAGUGUCUGACCUGCGCAGGAAUAUCGAGAGGCUGAGGCCGUCGCUGCCUUUUGUCUCGUGGAACCAGGAAGGUUGGAAGACGGGCCUGUGUUCAGUGCCUCCUGUGGGUCACUCCCACUCCCUGCUAGCUCUGGCCAACAACACCUGUGUGAAGCCCACAUUCAUGGAGCUGAGAGAACACUUCACCAGGCUCUACAGGAAGAAGGCUCACUUACAUCACUACUUGCACGUAGAGGGGAUGGAGCAGAGCUUCUUCUCAGAGGCCAUCGCCUCCCUCAGCUCACUGAUUGAAGAGUAUCACCAUCUGGAUGCCACCAAGGCCAGACUCAUUCCUGACGCACCCAGACUCAGCAUCGCCACAUGAAGGUCCGCUCUGUUGUGAAUCUGUGUGUAGCUGUCUGUGUUUAUUUGUCUGUCUUUUUUUAGAAAGCACUUCACACAACCAAAUCAUCUGUAUAUACCGUUAUAAGUUAUAUAUCAAUACUGUCUAAUUUAUGACCUGAUUAAAUGUUCUCUGUCUGAAAAAAACAAGCAGGAACAACAUGUAAAAAGAAUGUCCGAGUUCAACUCAAUCUGUAUAACCUGAUUUGCCUUUUAAGGCUCCCUGACCGUGGUAUUAUGAGGUAAUGUUGACAGGACAACAUCUGCUGUUACAGCUAGUACACUGGCCAUAUUCCUUGUUAUUGCACAUACUUGUCCUGAAGACAAGGUUCAUAAAAGCUUUCAUCAUAA